AGACUGGACACAUAUACCGGAGGGGAAGGCCUCCCCAAAUUCAACCUUAGGCCCAUGGUAAGCCUAGGCCUUCUUGGUAUGAGCCUGAGAAUUCGUAAAAUUGGUCCACCACUUCCUUUUCCCCCAAAACCCACCACCACCAGACCCCAACCACCGCCCACCGCCCAUAUCCACCGCCACCUCCCACGCCCUUCACCAAACCCUAUUAAUCUUAUACAUCUCUCCCUUCUCUCUCUCUCUCUCUCUCUCUCUCUCCUUCCCAACCCACUGGCAUCAAUGGCCACCCCCUCCUCCUCGCCACCAACAUCACCACAAGACCCGCACCAAAAUCCCAACCCUAACCACCACCACUCCUCUCCCUCACAAUCCCCUUCAUCAAACCCUAGCAGCUCCCAAAACCGACUGCUCCAACCCACCUCUACUACUCCUUCGUCCAAUAAAAAACCCCAGCCCUCGCUCUGGUCCCACCAAGAAACGGUCCACCUAAUCGAGUCCUACCAGGAGAGAUGGUACGCCCUCAAGCGGGGCCCGCUUAAGGCCAGCCAAUGGGAGGAGAUCGCGGUCACUGUCGCCGCCCGCUGCGGCUACGACGACCCCUCCAAGACUGCCGUCCAGUGCCGCCACAAGAUCGAGAAGCUCCGCAAGCGAUACCGGGCUGAGAAGCAACGGCCCAACCCCCGUGCUGCCUGGGAGUUUUUCGAUCUCAUGAACCGGUUGGAGCAUGGCCCCUUUCCCGUCUCGGCGCGGCCCAUGGCCGUGGUCCAGUACCAUAAUUCUGUUCCGAGAAGCCAAGAUGUGUGGGAGGACGAGGAGGAGGAAGAGGAAGAGGAGGUCAGUGAAGUUAGGUAUAGUGAUAGGAGGACUAGGAAUGAGUCGAAUAAGCGAAAGCGAAAAUUGAGUGGUGGUGGUGGCAGAGUUUCGGGGUAUUUGGAGAAGCCGUUGAUUCCUAAGCAUAAGGAGAGGAUUGAGAGGUACGAGAGCGAGGCCGAGGCGGGGGAGGACGAGGACGAGGACGGGGAGGAGGAGGAGCUGGUGGCGGUGGGAGGAGGGGUGGGGGAAUUGGCGGCCGAGAUAAAGGUAUUUGCAGAGAGAUUAAUUAGGAUGGAGCAUAAGAAGAUGGAGAUGAUGAGGGAAACAGAGAGGUACAGAAUGGAGAUGGAGAAUAAGAGGAUGGAGAUGAUACUGGAAUCACAGAGGAAGAUUGUGGAUACCAUUGGCAGGGCCUUUGGCUCUCAUAAUAAGAAGUUUAAGAUGGCACAAGACAAUUGAAGGUUGCUCUUUUGAUUCACUUCUAAUUGUUUUGCAGCAAUUGAUUUUGUUUUCCCCCUAAAUAAUUGCAGCAUAGAGUGUUUUGAUUUUUGUUUUAGUAUUGGUUUUAGAUGGGUUUGCUAUAGGGUUGUAUAGUGAAGAUUAGAAGUAACUUUUUCUCAGUAAUGUUAUUCGGUUCAAGAA